UUGGAAGACAUCACAAAGUUCAUGACCAGCAACCACAAGACUCUAAGCAAGCCCAUCAAAGACAUGGAUGAUAUCCGGCUCGCCAUGGGUGCCCUGAAUUCAAUCAAAGAGAACUACAUAAGCAUUGAUCAGCAGAUAACUCCUAUAGAGGUAUGGGGUGUACUGUGUUGGGAGGUCAGGUCUGUGCUGUGUUGGGAGGUGAGGGUUGUGCUGUGUUGGGAGUCUGGGACGUUCUGUGUUGGGAGGUCAAGGUUGUUCUAUGUUGGCGGGUCAGGGUUCUGCUGUGUUGGGAGGUCUUUGGUUUGUGCAGUGCUGGGAGGUCUUUGGGUUAUGCCGUGCUGGGAGGUCUUUGGAUUGUGCAGUGUUGGGAGGUCUUUUUGUUGUGCCGUGCUGGGAGGUCUUUGGGUUGUGCCGUGCUGGGAGGUCUUUGGGUUGUGCUGUGCUGGAAGGUCUUUGGGUUGUGCUGUGUUGGAAGGUUAAGGUUCUGCUGUGUUGGGAGGUCAAGGUUGUGCUGUGUUUGGGAGGUCUUUGGGUUGUGCUGUGUUGGGAGUUUAGAGUUGUGCUGUGUUGGGAGUUUAGAGUUGUGCUGUGUUGGGAGGUCUUUGGGUUUAGCUGUGUUUGGGAGGUCUUUUGGUUGUGCUGUGUUGGGAGGUCUUUGCGUUGUGCUGUGUUGGGAGGUCUUUGGGUUGUGCUGUCCUGGGAGGUCUUUUGGUUGUGCUGUGUUGGGAGGUCUUUUGGUUGUGCUGUCCUGGGAGGUCUUUUGGUUGUGCAGAGGCUUGACUUUUUAUUUGAUUAUAUCUCUACUCUUUUCAAAAUAUAAAAUUUUAUGUCAUUUAUGCAUUAUCAAAUUUUUUAAGUCUUUGUGUUUUAAAAUUAGGAUGCCUACGCACUGAUGGCAAGUUUUGGCUUGAAUGUACCUCAGGAGGAAAUUGAAAAAGCUGAAUCUUUGCGGUACGCCUAU